UCACAGCCGUCCAUUUCUUCAUCGGACGUAUGAGUGAAACCUCCAUACCAGAUUUAAGUUCUUUCUGACUAUUGACUGUGUCAGUCGGGAUUUUUGUCUCUCCUCUUCCUUCUCCAUCCGGCCGCCUUCCUGCGCCCGUCGCUGUUCUCCGAACGAAUUUUACUGUUGCGGCGAGUUUUUUAGACAUUGUCUCAAGGUUUUCUUAUCUGCCGGAAAUUUGACUUCAAUUGCUUUUCCUAAGACGUGCUUGCUGAAAAUUGGCGGGUUCCCCUAAAUUUAGGGCCAUUGUUUGGGGCUUCCCAGGUCUGGACGUUCGGGAUUUGAGAUUAACGUUUAUCCGUCACUGCUUUCCUGGAAGAUUCAAUUCCGGUCGAAGCCUAGCAGUUCGAACCCUUAGUUUUUCGAGGCGGUUCAUCGACUUUAAUCGCCGGAUCGUGAGCACCUCGGUGAAUUAUCUUCUCUUCUAGACCGGAAAUUGGGGAUCUUAUUUGUGCCGUUCUUCGUCCGCCAAAAAUUAUCUUCCGCGAACCAUUGGUGCAUGUUGACCGGAGAUUCGAGGAAUGGACAACUUCGAAAAAGCUGUGGAGGCCGGCCUGGCGCUCACUAAGCGGCUGUACUACGGCCGAGACGAUCGGGCGGCGGAGAUGACGGCGGGCCAGUCGAAGGCGGAACUGGGAGGGAGGAAGUAUUUUCCGACAGCCCCGACGGUCUACGCGGUGAUUUCUGACCCCGCGAUCGUGGACAACCCGGACCAGCCAAGUUACCAGCCACAUCUACACGGUCGGUGGGACCCGCCGGCGCUGAUCCCUAUGCAGAUGAACCGCGUGGAGCUCGAAGUCAACUGCGUCCUGAGCUCGGCUGUAGUGGAAUUCCGCGGCUCGUUUAGGGUUCACUGUGUCGCCACUAACAGGAAAUGCGAUUGCCGAGUCGUCGUUCCGAGGAGCGAGAAGACUUCCAUUCUAGGUGCCGAGGUGGAUAUUUCUGGUAGAUCAUACUCCACCGAACUCGCUCCAAUCGAAGAGGCAAAGUCUUACAUGGAAAGGGUUCCAAAAGACGAAGAUAUGAAGUUUAUUCAGCAUCAGAUAUUUUCCUUUACAAUACCUCAGGUUCAAGGAGGGGCUGUACUGUCACUUAGGAUCAGGUGGCUUCAACACCUAUCAUAUUCUGAUAGCGAGUUCUCAAUCAGCAUACCUUUCACCUUUCUAGAUUAUGUAAUUCCAUCUGGAAAACUACUAAAGGAGCAGAUACAUUUGAACGUGGACUUUGGCACUGGAAAAGAACUUAUUUGCACGAGGUUUAGCCACCCUUUGAAGAAAACAGGGCACGAGAUGGGUAAAUUACGUUUAUCAUAUGAAGCAGAAGUGGAGAGGUGGUCAAAUUCUGAUUUUAAUUUUUCAUAUAUGGUGUCUUCUGAUGAUGUCUUUGGCGGUCUGCUUGUUCAACCUCCACAUCCAGAUGAUUUUGAUAAGCGCAACAUAUUCUGUCUUUACAUUCUUCCUGCAAGCAAUCUGCAUGCGAAGGUUUUCAGGAGAGAGGUCAUAUUUCUUAUUGACACAAGUGCAAGCAUCCAAGGAUUGCCGCUGGAAGAGUCCAAAAAUGCUGUAUCAGCUGCACUUAUGAAUCUUAGGCCUACAGACUCUUUCAGCAUUAUGAGCUUCAACGAAGAAAUUUUCUCAUUUUCAUCAUCUUUAGUGCCUGCAACCGAGGAAAAGAUAGAAGAAGCCCAUCAGUGGCUAAGUGAGACGUGUCAUGCAACUGGUGGCACCAGCAUUCUUCUUCCCCUAAAUGAGGCUAUGAAGAUGUUUUCCAAGUCCCUAUCUAGUGUCCCUCAAAUAUUUCUGAUAACUGAUGGAUCUGUGAAGGAUGAAAAGAACAUCUGCCAUGUUGUUCAAAACCAUAUAAGGAGCAUGGGGUUGAACUCACCACGCAUUUCAACCUUUGGUAUAGGACUCUACUGUAACCACUACUUCUUGAGAUUGUUAGCACAAAUUGGUAGGGGACACUAUGAUGCUGCUUACAAAACAGGUACUAUCACAUUGCAGAUGAAGAGAUUUUUUAAUGCCACAUCCUCUCCUUUGCUCACCAAUGUUAGUAUUGAUACACUUGGCCAUCUAGAUUCACUGGAGGUAUCCACAACACUAUUGCCAGAUGUGUCAGUCGGGUGCCCACUUAUAAUUAUGGGAAGAUGCAAUGAAAGCUUUCCAAAUUCUCAUAAAGUCACUGGCUCCUUGGCUGAUGGGAGAGAGUUAGUCAUUAACUUGAAAGCGCAAAAAACAAAGGGACUUCUCAUUGACAAAGUGAUGGCAAAACAACAAAUAGACAUAUUAACAGCUAGCGCCUGGUUUUCUGGAAGCAAUGAGUUGGUGGAUCAGGUCACAACAAUUAGCAUGCAAAGCAGCAUUCCCUGUGAAUUUACACAGAUGACAUUGUUACAGGCAAGUGAAAAGAAGACAUCAGUAACACAAGGGAAGGAGGUCCAUUUUCCUAAAUCCAAGCAUGUUAAACCUUGCCUAGUGCAUGGCCUGCAUGUUGGUUUUGGCAAUGUCAUGGCGACUGAUAAGAACAUCCUAAUUUUAUCUGACGAAGCACAUGGAUCAACAGACUCUGGCAAGGGAGUUAAUUGUUGCAAUAUGAGUGUAUUUGGAGAUUGCACUUGCACGUGCUGUGGUCCAGAUGUGGGGAGCACAUUUGCACACUCAUGGAAUGAUUGCACUAUAGCGGUUACCCAGUACUGUGCUGCAUUUGCAUGUCUUGGCUGCUUCAGUUUAUGUUCAAAUUUAUGUGGUAAUUAAGUUAUUUCUCACUCUCUGAUUUGUUCUGCUUCUAAGUGUCAUGUGUAAUUGUCCUUUCCAUCAUUGAGACAUCUACAAGUUGCAUUUAUACGCCUAUAAGCAUCAUCGGUGCUGUAAAAGACUUGAACGUGUAUUCUCUUAGAUUAUUCUGCAUAUACUCAUCCAUUUCAGAUAUUAUGUGAUGUAAAUCCGGCAUUUUUCUAGUCA